UAGAACUGUUGGUGAACAUACGUCGAGAUACUAAAAGAAAAAAAGAUAUAACAAAUGGAUUUUUUAUUUCCUGCUUUGAUAACGUUGAUAGUGUAUACUGACACCCUAGUAGGCGUAGGCUACCUCGUACAGUUUGAAGGUCAAGGAAUAUGUUUUACUUGAUGAAUCUACAGCAAACCGUAGCGACACAGGAAGCGGUAAAUUGAAGAUUGUUAUAUACACUGCUCCGUGCUUGCCAUACCUUCCAACGGUUGCUGCCGCUUCCGGUUUACCAGUUUCCUGUGGCCGGUUUACCUGUCCUGUGUUCCUGCGUCCUGUUACCUGCUCCUGCCUUCCUGGUUUUGUAUCACACCCUGUCUCCAGCCCUCGGUCUCCUCUCUAGCUCCCAGCUCCUUCCCCAUUCCUACCCCCAUUGGACUGACGCCCUGGCUUCGACCCUCGCUCACCCGGGACCUCGUUUUACCUGAUAGCAUUGCUCUGUCUGCCUUGUUUUCAACCUUUGCCUGUCCCUUACCUGAAUCGUUCCUGUUUGCUGGUACUUGAACUUGGACUGUAUUACUCUGGAAAUAAGCCAACUUAUUCUGCCAUCUCUGAGUCCACACUUGGUUCUGAUUGCCUGUCCAAUGACAACAAAUAACAAAUACAAGUAGACAAGCAAGGUAUUGGGCAAGACAAGCAUGAAGCCAUUUUCAGUCUGGGCAUCUGUCCUUGGGAUUGUCCUGUCAUCACCACUCAUCUUCACUCUAUGUCGGGGUGGAAAUGUGCUCGUCUACCCCAUCGAAGGAAGCCACUGGGUCAACAUGAACAUCCUCAUCGAGGCUCUGCAUGAUCGGGGGCACAAUGUAACGAUUGUGCGUUCAGACAAGAGCUGGUACAUCAAGGAGAAAUCCCCACAUUACAGCACCGUUACUGUCCCUGUUGAAGAGGGCUUAGAUGAGACAUUUAUUACUGAAAUCAUCACGAAAGGGAUUGAUACUCAAAGUGGAAAAUACUCUAUGAUCAGCUUACUCGGCUUUUACAUUCAAUUGUUUGAAUCAUUCUCAAGAGCUCAUCGCAUUGUGAGCAAAAUGGUCGAGGCUAUUUUCAAGGACAAUAUGUUAACAAAAAGACUUCAGGAAAGCCAGUAUGAUUUAAUUCUCACUGACCCUUGUUGGGGUGGUGGAACAUUAUUGGCAAAGUACCUUAACUUGCCUUUGGUUUACAAUGUGAGGUGGCUUCCCGUUGGAGAGGGGCACUCUGCAAUUGCCCCUUCCCCCUUAUCCUACAUCCCAAUCACAGGAUCUGGCUUUUCAGACAAGAUGUCCUUCACUGAACGUAUCAGAAACAUGCUUUUCUAUUUGUUGACGCUCUUUCAGGAUCUGUAUCUUGUCAGGCCUCAUUAUGCUGCUCUGUGUCAUGACUACCUUGGCCCAGAUGUGGACUUCUACUCAUUAAUGCAAGCAGCUGAUCUCUGGCUCAUGAGGGUUGAUUUUGUCUUUGAAUUCCCACGCCCAACGAUGCCCAAUGCUGUGUACAUAGGAGGGUUCCAGUGUAAGCCUGCUAAGCCUCUUCCCCAAGACCUGGAGGAGUUUGUGCAGAGCUCUGGAGAACAUGGAAUCAUUAUUAUGUCACUGGGUGCCUUUGUUGGUCAGCUUUCUCGCGAUCUAACAGAAGAGAUAGCUGCUGCUUUUGCCCAGCUGCCUCAGAAGAUCAUCUGGAGGCACAAAGGAGAAAGGCCAGAGACUCUAGGUAACAACACCCUAUUGGUCAAAUGGAUGCCACAGAAUGAUCUUCUGGGACAUCCAAAGACCAGAGCCUUUGUGGCACAUGGAGGAACCAAUGGAGUUCAGGAGGCCAUCUACCAUGGGAUGCCAGUACUGGGAAUUCCAUUAUUCUUUGACCAAUAUGACAACCUCCUUCGACUGAAAAUUAGAGGAGGAGCGCAGAUCCUCGAGAUAGGCACUUUAAACAAAGACAGCUUCCUCCAGGCCUUACAGGAAGUGCUUCAUGAACCAUCCUACAGGAUGAACAUGCAGAGACUCUCCAGGCUGCAUCUGGACCAGCCAAUGAAACCACUGGACCGUGCAAUGUUCUGGAUUGAGUUUGUCAUGAGACACAAAGGUGCUGCUCACCUGCGCACAGAGUCCUACAGGAUGCCCUGGUAUGCCUACCACUCUGUGGAUGUUAUAAUGCUGCUGCUGGCUGCUGUGUUUGUUAUAUUGCUGACUGCUGUUGCUAUCAUCAGAUUUUUGUGCUGCAGGACAAGAAAAAUUAAAUCUGAUUGAAUGCACUGGAUUGUCAUCUGCUUAAAAAUAUAAAUUAAAAGCUUUACAAAUAAAAGCUAUUGUUGAAAAUAACAAUUUUUGAUUAAUCAAAUGGCAAGUUGUAUUUGUAUUAAUCUGUAGGCUAUUGGUGUAAUUGAACUUUAUAUUGCUUAUUAAACUCUGUUAAACCACA